CAGCAAACCUGCGGGAUUUCAGCGGCCACCUGAACGGAAGGCUUUGGGGCUUCUUUGACCAUGUUUGCCAAAGCUUUUAGAGUGAAAUCCAACACUGCUAUCAAAGGGUCUGAUAGGCGGAAACUACGAAGUGAUGUUGCAGCGACAUUUCCCACCCUCACUUCCGAACAGCUAUCUGAGGUUGUGCCGAAUAAAGAGGAGCUGAAUGUCAUUAAAUUAUACACUCACAAAGGAGAAGCUCUCACAGUCUAUGCCAAUGGCAGGAAUCCAAUCUUUUUUGAAAUAGAGAAAACACUGUAUCCAACAGUGUACACCCUGUGGUCUCAUCCUCACCUUCUCCCCAUGUUUUCCACAUGGCCACCUGUGUUGCAUAAACUAACAGGAGGAGCAGAUCUAAUGCUUCCAGGGGUUAUAGUGCCCUCUUGUGGUCUUCCUCAAGUAGAGCGGGGUACUCUCUGUGCUAUUACUUUGGUAGAAAACAGAGCCCCUGUGGCCAUUGGAAUAGCUACCAUGUCCACUACAGAGAUGAUGGCAGCUGGAAUGAAAGGAAAAGGCUUCACAGUGCUGCACACAUAUAUGGAUCACUUAUGGGGGUUUGGUGACAAGUCAUGCCCUCCCACAGUAGCCCCCUUAGAAGCAGAACCUUCAGAGAUGGUGGAUGCUGAAGAAGAGCUGCAGGAGGAUGAAGAAGAGGAAGGCAAUGCACCUAAAAACAGCAUCUCUGUUGACCCAUCCUUGCAGACAGACAGUGGAAAUCCAAGCGUGGAAGAAGCUAUUCAGUGUGCUCAUCUGGGAGAAAAGGAGGAACCCAAUGAAAAUGGAUCUCCAGAAACUACUGAGGAGGACAACCCAGAAGAUAGUAGGAGUCCACAAGAGCAAAUGGAUGUGUUGCUUCAUCAAUGCUUCUUCCAUGCCUUAAAAUGUAAAGUGAAAAAGACGGAGCUCCCUCUACUGACCAGCACUUUUCUGCGUAACUACAUGUUCUCAUGCUGUCCAAAAGGUGAACAACUAGACAUAAAGAAAUCUAGCUACAAAAAGUUCUCCAAGUUCCUGCAGUCGAUGCAGCAACAGAAGAUCAUCCAGGUGAAAGAACUGAGUAAGGGGGUGGAGAGCAUUGUGGACGUAGACUGGAGACAUGGAAGCAUUAGAUCCUUUGUAGUACCUGAAACAGCAGCAUCUGAAUCACCUGUCGAAGAUAGUAAAGGCGAUGAUGGAGAACAACCAUACCGCUCUCCUGAAAUCAUGCCGCUCUUCGGUGUCUCAUCCAAAAUGGCUCCAUUGUUCCAGGAAUCUGGAUAUAAGAAAGGCCACACGCUGUCCAGCAGUGAAGUGAGAAGUGCAGUCAUCAACUACGUGAAGAUUAACGAGUUGGUUGAUGAAACAAACAAAAACUUUGUAAACGUGAAUCCUGUCUUGUGCGACUGCCUGUUGAACAAGUCGGAGCAAAAUGAAAUCUCAAAACUCAAAUGGGAUGAUCUUGUAAGCAGGUGUCUAGACCAACUACAGCCCUUUCAUCAGGUCACCUUUUUUGGACAUGAACCCAUCGUGAGGAAAGGAAACAUUGACCCCAUUGAGAUCACCAUAGCACAGAGAUCGUCCAAUAAGAAGGUAACAAUAAUUAAGAACCUUGAGCUGUAUGGUCUGGACCCACAAGCUCUUGCCAACAUUCUCCAGCAAAAAGUCCAGGCCAGUGCCACCAUCACCGCACUCCCAGGAACAAAGGACAGAACACAGGUCCAGAUACAAGGCAACCAGAUUCACCAUCUUGCGAAGCUGCUGCUGGAGGACUACCACAUACCUCGCAAAUACAUCCAGGGCCUUGAAAAGGCACCAAAGAUGGGCCGAAAGAAGUAGCCAAGGCUGAAGAUCUUAUUCUGAGCUCCGUUAUUUAUAAAUAGUUUAUUCAAUGGAAAUGAGUAAUCCAAUUGCCUUACCUAGAAGAUAAUGGUUUUUAUUUAAAAGAUAAAAUAAACAAACUUUUCCC